UGCACCACCUCGGGCUGCUGCGUUCGGGGGUCGGCAGGCUGUAUCGGCAGCUCCAUCCCGCUUACAGGAGAGGAGACUGGGUCACUGGAAGGGAAUGAAGCUCGGGAAGAACGAGGAACAGCUCCCGGGGCGAGCGGUGGCUCUGAUCCUGGUCCUCUGCAUCUCGGGAAUGAGAGCAGAAACCGCUCGGUACUCUGUGCCCGAGGAGGUGGAGAGAGGUUCUUUUGUGGCGAAUAUCGCAAAGGAUUUGGGGCUAACUGGAGAGGAAUUACUGGCUCGUCGGGCUCGACUCGUUCCUGAAGGAGAAAAGCAGUAUUUAGAGCUGAACCGGCACACCGGGGAUUUGGUGGUGAGAGAGCAAAUGGACCGGGAAGAGCUGUGUGGACAGAGCGAGCCCUGCUUGGUGCGUUUUGAGAUGCUGCUGGAGAGCCCACUGCAGUCCUUCCGAGCUGAGGUAAGACUCACCGACAUAAAUGAUAAUUCUCCUGUGUUCUUAAAUAAAGAGGUAGUUUUAAAGAUCCCAGAAUCUGCAACACUGGGGACUCGGUUUUUGUUGGAAAGCGCUCACGAUCCAGACGUGGGGAACAAUAGUCUUCAGUAUUACAGUAUCAGCUCGAACGAAUAUUUCCAUGUGUACACCCAGCGGCGAAAUGAUGGCGGGAGGUACGCCGAGCUGGUGUUGGAUCGAGCCCUGGACCGGGAGCAGCAGGCAGAAGUUGCUUUCAGCAUCUCAGCUGUGGAUGGUGGGACUCCACCUCGGUCUGGCACAGCUUUAAUCCGCGUGGUAGUUCUGGAUGUAAACGACAACACCCCGGUAUUUACCCAGACUCUGUAUAAAGUCUCUGUAAUGGAAAACAGCUCCCAGGAUACCUUAGUGGUGGUAGUGUCUGCUAGCGAUUUAGACGCAGGAACGAAUGGGGAAAUAGUGUAUUCCAUAUUUCAAAAUUCAGAGGAAAAUCUCCAAACGUUUAAAAUAAACCCAGAGACAGGCCAGAUUCGACUCAAAAAGCCUUUGGAUUACGAAGAAAAAAAGACCUAUGAGAUAGACGUCCAAGCCACAGAUGGAGGGGGGCUAUCCACGCACUGCAAGGUGGAGGUGCAGGUGAAGGACAUGAACGAUAAUGCCCCCGAGGUGAUCAUCACCUCUCUCACCAGCACCCUCUCCGAAGCCGCCCCGCCGAACACCGUAGUGGCCCUCUUCAACGUGCGGGACCGGGACUCGGGGAACAAUGGCAGGACGACCUGCGAGCUGACAGGAGAGCAACCCUUCAGGAUCACCCUGCUUGCAGCUGACGCCUACGCGCUGGUGACAUCAGAGACACUGGACCGGGAGCAGGUGGAGGAAUACAACGUGACAGUGCGGGCUCGUGAUGAGGGCUCCCCCGCCCUCUCGGCAUGGAAGACCCUGCUCGUGCGGCUCUUGGAUGUGAACGACAACGCGCCCACCUUCACCCAAGAUAUUUACACCAUGCUGCUGAGCGAAAAUGAGCCCGCGGGGAGGAGCCUGGGCCGCCUCAGUGCCACGGACCCCGACGAGGGAGAAAACGCCCGCGUGAGAUACGUGCUAGUGCCGCCACCGACAGGCACCCCUGCUGCCGCAUCAUUCGUGUCCGUGGACGCAGAGAGUGGAACCGUCCGUAGUUUGCGCCCGCUGGACUACGAGAAGGUGCGCUCCUUCGAGGUGACAGUUCGCGCAGCCGACGGCGGCUCCCCGCCGCUCAGCGCCCAGGCCGUGCUGCGCGUGGUCGUGCGGGACGAGAACGACAACGCGCCCGUGCUGCUGCACCCGGCCCCCGACAGCAGCGCGGCCGGAGAGCUGGUGCCGCGCUGGGCACCCUCCGGCUACCUGGUGGCCAAGGUGGUGGCGGUGGACGCGGACGCGGGGCAGAACGCGUGGCUGUCCUACGAGCUGGCCAAGGCCACGGAGCCGGCGCUGUUCCGCGUGGGGCUGCACAGCGGCGAGGUGCGCACGGCGCGGGCCGUGACAGACAGGGACGCGGCCCGGCACAGGCUGAUCGUGCUGGUGCGGGACCGCGGGCAGCCGCCGCGCUCUGCCACUGCCACCCUCGCCGUGGUGCUGGUGGACGAUUUCGCCGAUGCCUUCCACCAGCUUGGUCACGAUCCUGCCAGCGGACAGCAGCCGCAGGUAGUCGAGGAGGAAUUGCUCACUACCUACCUCAUCGCCUCCCUGUGCUGUGUCUCAUCCCUUUUCCUCUUGUCCAUCCUCGUCUUGACGGUGAGCACGCUCUGCAAAGCUCGCGUCCGGGCAGAACUUCCUCCUCCUUCUCCCAGCUGCUACGCGGACGGAGACUUCGUGAGUGACUUUGUGGGCGUGGGCAGCACGGGCACUCUGUCGCCAGCUUACCGCUACGAAAUGUGUCUGACCAGCGGCUCGGGGAGGAGCGAAUUUCCCUUCCUGAGGCCCAUCCUGCCAAUCCGUCAUAGCAAUGCUGAGGUGGGGCUUGACAAGGACGAGGAGCCACAACGCCAGUCGCAGGCUCCCUGCGACAGGGAAGCCCACGCGAGCAGCUUCGAGCAGCGCAGCUCAGAGCACCUCAGCUUAGAGCACCGCAGCUUAGAGCAGCGCAGCUCAGAGCACCUCAGCUUAGAGCACCGCAGCUUAGAGCAGCCCAGCUCAGAGCAGCGCAGCUUAGAGCAGCCCGGCGCAGCCGGGCGGAGGUGGCAGCGGCUGCGGCGGCGAGCGCUGCCCCGGGUCACCCGCUGCCGGGACACCCCGGCUGCCCUAAGCGCCGCCGGCGGAAUCGGACUCAGCGAGGGAAGGCGCCCGGCCCGCACUUGGCCGCUUUCCGCGGCGAAUCGCCCGGGACAUCCGAUCCGCCACAGCGACACCGGCCGCCGCCGCCGCCGCGCCAUGGCGAUCGCAAGGCAAGUGCUUUGUGUCUGUGCUUUCCUCUCACUGCCGCACGCUGGCGCCGAGCCCAUCCGCUACUCCGUAGCCGAGGAGGCGGAAAGCGGCUCCCUGGUCGGCAAGCUGGCCGAGGACGCGGGGCUGACGCCGGCGCAGCUCUCGGCUCGCCGCGCCCGCCUGGUGUCGGACGACGGCCGGCAGCAUUUUCGCUUAGACCGCGCCUCCGGCCGCCUCGUCGUGGCGGGGAGGCUGGACCGGGAGGAGCUGUGCGGCCAGGCCGCCAGCUGCAUGCUCCCCUUCGAGCUGCUGCUCGCCGAGCCGCUGCAGUUCUUCCGGGUCGAGGUGGCUCUGGAGGACAUCAAUGACCAUUCACCUCUUUUCCCCGAGGAACGGGUCAGUUUUGACAUCGUGGAAACGAGUGACCCGGGUUCGCAUUUCCCGCUGGAAGUGGCUCAUGAUCUCGAUAUUGGCCACAAUGGCAUCCAGGCAUACAGCAUCUCUCCCGAGAAUGAGUAUUUCAGUAUUUCCUAUGAAAGUCACAGUGACGAUGAUACUUCUCUUGAACUGGUGUUGGAAAAAACCCUAGAUAGAGAGGAGCAGGCAGAGAUGAGUUUCAGUGUUAUUGCUGAAGAUGGGGGCUCUCCUCCCAGGAGUGGAACCACCCAAGUUAAAAUUGUCAUUCUAGAUGCAAACGACAAUGCUCCUGUCUUCACAAAAGAGCGUUAUGUUGGGAAGGUUCUGGAGAACAUGCCAGAAGGUUCUGUGGUUCUGACAGUGCUGGCAACUGAUCAGGAUGCAGGAGUUAAUGGGGACAUUUCCUAUCAACUGAGCCAAGCAGUGGGACAGAGUGACUCAGCAUUUGUGAUUGAUCCCAAAAGUGGAGAAAUUAAAAUCACAAAACCUCUGGACUAUGAGGCAGCAGAGACUCAUGAGCUCAGUGUGAGGGCCAGAGAUGGAGGGGGCCUUUCAGCAAUCUGCAAGGUGUUGGUGCAGGUGGUGGAUGUGAAUGACAAUGCCCCAGAGCUGGUGGUCAGUUCCUUCAGCAGUCCCCUCCCCGAGAACACAGUGCCCGGCACAGUGGUUGCCCUGUUCUCGGUCAGGGACCGGGAUUCUGGUGCCAACGGGAAGAUCUCGUGUGCCCUGGAGGAUCAGCUCCUCUUCUCCCUGCGGCCAGCCUAUAAGAAUUACUACGAGCUGGUGACAGUGAGCGCGCUGGACCGCGAGGAGACGGCUCAGUACGUGCUGAGUGUCACAGCAACAGAUGCGGGGUCGCCUCCUCUCACGACCACGCAGACCUUCACCGUGGACGUCUCGGACGUCAACGACAACGCGCCCGUCUUCAACCAGACGUCCUACACCAUGUACGUGCGUGAGAACAACGUCCCCACGGUGUUUGUUGGAGCGGUCAGUGCUGCAGACGCUGACGUGGGGCUCAAUGCCAAGGUGACCUAUUCCCUGGCCCCAGCGCAGGCGGCAGAGCGGCCCCGGUGCUCCUGCAUCUCGGUGAACUCUGAGAACGGACACGUGUUUGUGCUGCGGCCCCUGGACUACGAGCACUUGCGGCAGACCGAGGUGACGGUCGUGGCCUCUGACGCGGGCUCUCCUCCGCUCAGAGCCAACGUCACCGUGCGCCUCGUCGUGCUGGACGAGAAUGACAACGCGCCGCUGGUGCUGUACCCAGGCCAGGAGAGCGGCGCGGCGUCCAGCGAGCUGGUGCCCGUGUCGGCUGAGGCGGGCUACCUCAUCACCAAAGUGGUGGCCGUCGACGCCGACUCCGGCCAGAACUCCUGGCUCUCCUACCACCUGCUGAGGGCCACCGAGCCCGGGCUGUUCACCGUGGCUGUCCAAAGCGGGGAGGUGCGUCUCAGGAGGCCGGUGACAGACAGGGACAGCGUCAAGCAGAAGCUCGUUGUCCUGGUCCGAGACAACGGCCAGCCCCCGCUGUCAGCCACCGCAGCUCUGAGCGCGCUCCUGCUCAAGGACUUCUCAGACGUGCGCCUCCCGCACAGCAGCGCGGCCACGGAGGAGCAGGACGGCUCCCUGACCACCUACUUAAUCAUCUCCCUGGCCUUUGUCUCACUCCUCUUCCUCAUCUCCGCCGCGGUCUUUGUGGCUCGCAAGGUGUGCAGGAGAAAGGAGCUGCAGGCCGGCCAUGUGCUUUAUGGUGCCGACAACUUGCAGAGCGGCCUGGCCGAUGCAGCCGCUGCAGGGACCCUGCCCCGCGCCUACUGCUACGAGAUCAGCCUCACAACGGGCUCGGGCAACAGCGAGUUCAAAUUCCUCAAGCCCAUCCUCCCCAGCCUGCCACCACAGCACUGUGCCACGGGCCAGGGCCCUGAGGAGGGACAGGAUUUCCCCUGUGUCCCUGUCAGCACAGAGGACAUGGCACCAGACAAUCCUGGGACUCUCUCUGCGCGACAGUUCAACGCUCUUUCCUUCGACUAGCUGGGCUCUGCACAGACAGAGGCUUCAUGGCUAAUUUUAGAAUGUGAAUCAGACUGCAGCAUGUGCAAUGGUUUCUCCAGAGAUAAUCUGUCUUUCCGUUUGGCAUAAUCAAUUUCCUGCAAAGUCUAAGUCAGAAUAAAAGUUGUCAGCUUCUCCAAAAACAGCGGGAAGAACAUAAAAGAAAGACAGGCUCUCAAUAUAACACUAAAGUUGUUUAAGUUUGUAUAGUCGUUUCUGUUUGUCUUUAAGAGAGGGGUUGGCAAUCCAGCUCUGCACUCUUGCUGUCAAACCAGACCACGUGCCUCUUGCUGAUUGCCAUAAAACAGUAGCACAACUGAGUAGACAAAUUUCACACUUACUGAAAUGGCCCAAAGGCCUUUUCCAGUUCAGAAAAGCAAGGCAGUUCUGAAUACUGUGCCACGAUGUUCUGUUGGCAUAGGGUUUUUCUUCCUCAGGUUUUGGCUGUCUCAGUCUGAGAUGUAUGGGCUCUCUGUGGUAUUCUUAUUUCUCUCAGUAUGUCUGUUUGUAGAGCUCUUGUGCAUCGGCAGGUCCUUCACUACUGCUGCCUGGUGAAACAGUGAAUUUGUCCCAUCCAGCCAUUGCAAUGCUGGCAAUUCCAGCUCUGCAGGGUAAAAGGCUAUUUUGGCCCUAUGAGUACAGGGGAUGUCAUCUUCUUCAAGGCAGAGAGGAGCAGAAAAAUGCGCAACUAAUUUUUUCCUUGGCCAAUGUGUGGGUUUGGUUUUCUGUCCCCUUCAGAUUGUCAUGGAAAUAAAGCAGCAGAUGAUGUGUUAGGGUAGGCUAUACCUGUAGAGAGCCAUGAAAACUUACUGAUUAUCAUUGUGUGCGUGAAAAGGCCACAUGUCCAUCAAAGAGAAUUUUCUGACUUUAGAAUCAAGAAGAACUUGAAAACAGGACUUUGACUUUUGUUUCCUCAUUCUUCUUUCUGAAUUCAGUGGCUUCUUGUUGGCACUAGAAAACUAUCCAUAAAGGAUUUCUUUGUUUGUGUUAGAGCAUUUGCAUUCCCAUUUCUGCCCUUUGUUCUUCUACCCUCUGCAUUGUACUGUGCAUUAUUUUGCCUAUUCCGCUAGAGAAGCACUGCCUCAUCAUUUAUAAUAACAGGUUGUUGGAAUGAUGUCUGUGACGCAUGGAAUUUUCUGAAAGCCUCACUCACUCUGUGUUGUGCAGAAGUUUUAUAGUUUAAAAUUGUGAGCUGUUAUGCC